GAGCUGCCUCAAAUGCUUGGAAUAAUUCCGCUUCCGUUUGGAAAGCCGCAGCCUCAGUCCCGCCGCCGCCCGCCGCGUCCGCCCAGCGCCAGCUCCGCGUCCAGCCCGGCCCGCGGCUGCCCGCUCCGCCGCCAUGGCUACCUCCCCGCAGAAGUCGCCAUCUGUCCCCAAGUCCCCCACUCCCAAGUCGCCCCCGUCUCGCAAGAAAGAUGACUCCUUCUUGGGGAAACUCGGAGGAACCCUGGCCCGGAGGAAGAAAGCCAAGGAGGUGUCCGAGCUACAGGAGGAGGGCAUGAACGCUAUCAACCUGCCUCUGAGCCCGAUCCCAUUCGAGCUGGACCCUGAGGAUACCAUGCUGGAGGAGAACGAGGUACGAACCAUGGUGGAUCCCAACUCACGCAGCGACCCCAAACUUCAGGAGCUGAUGAAGGUUUUAAUUGACUGGAUUAACGAUGUGUUGGUUGGAGAAAGAAUCAUCGUGAAAGACCUGGCUGAAGACUUAUAUGAUGGACAAGUCCUGCAGAAGCUGUUCGAGAAACUUGAGAGCGAGAAGCUAAAUGUUGCUGAGGUCACCCAGUCGGAGAUUGCUCAGAAGCAAAAACUGCAGACUGUCUUGGAGAAGAUCAAUGAAACCCUGAAGCUUCCUCCCAGGAGCAUCAAGUGGAAUGUGGACUCUGUUCACGCCAAGAGCCUUGUGGCCAUUUUGCAUCUGCUGGUUGCUCUGUCUCAGUAUUUCCGGGCACCAAUUCGACUCCCAGACCAUGUCUCCAUCCAAGUGGUUGUGGUCCAGAAACGAGAAGGAAUCCUCCAGUCUCGGCAAAUCCAAGAGGAGAUAACUGGUAACACAGAGGCUCUGUCCGGAAGGCAUGAACGUGAUGCCUUUGACACCUUGUUUGACCACGCCCCGGACAAGCUCAAUGUGGUGAAGAAGACACUCAUCACCUUUGUGAACAAGCACCUGAAUAAACUGAACCUGGAGGUCACAGAACUGGAAAGCCAGUUUGCUGAUGGGGUAUACCUGGUGCUGCUCAUGGGGCUCCUGGAGGGCUACUUUGUGCCCCUGCACAGCUUCUUCCUGACCCCGGACAGCUUCGAACAGAAGGUCUUGAACGUCUCCUUUGCCUUUGAGCUCAUGCAGGAUGGAGGGCUGGAAAAGCCCAAACCACGGCCAGAAGACAUCGUCAACUGUGACCUGAAAUCCACACUGCGGGUGCUGUACAACCUCUUCACCAAGUACCGAAAUGUGGAGUGAGCGGCCCCAGCACUCACAGACCAGCCUUUGGAAUGCCCUGCCCUGCUUCUCUCCCGUCUCUAGCUCCACGCUCUUCCACAAAGCCAGGCGCAGCCCAGACACUGGGAACGACAACACGUAGGAAAUGACCCACACUUCCGGGCCCUGGGGCCAGACCCAGUGGUGCCGGGGAGCGUUGUCCCCCUGCCCCUGAUGCCAUGUCCUAGCUUCCCUCUGUGUAAUCUAGGCAGCAGCAACAGAGUCCCCAGAAGAUGCAGGAUCAGAGUUCCCACAGGUGUGAGCACAUGCUGGGCAUCACACUGGGUCCCACAAGUCAAGUUCAUGUAGCCUCAUGACUCUGCUGUGGGCAUCAUGGUUCUCUUCCAGAGAAGGACCCUGAGCUCAGAGGUUCCAGAACUCGUGUUUUUCUGCUUCAUAUAAUGUGUGCAUUACUAGCCCGUAGGGUUCCUUGCAUGUUCUACAGGGGUUGUGUGUGUAUGUGUUGUGUGCCAAGGUCUACCUGCACACACCUGAGUGUCCAAAGAAGGCAAGAACCCUCCAAUCUCACCACCAGGGGCAGGCCAGGUCAAGGCUCAGUGAUUCAUACUGCAAUUGGCAAAUCAAAUUUAAUCCAAUUAAGUGUGUGUGUGUGUGUGUGUGUGGCAGGACUGCAUGUCCCUCAAACCCUUUGUAGAAAUGAAAAUUACCCUUAAUUCCUUCAGAUAUUCUAAUAACCCUGUACUCGAGUGACAUUUGGGAAGAAUUCAGUUUAGAAUUAAUGGAGUGGCACAUUUUGCAGCCUUUCUGCUUGAUUGCAUGUAAUGGAAAUGCCCUAUAUUUUCCUGCAAAAUAAGUACUCAA